AUUAAAUAUUAUUCCAAUUGGUCAGCUAGACUUCCAAGUCUAGAGAGAGUCCCAGGAGCCAAACCCAAAUCAAAACCCGUCCUUUCGACCACUCCGAAGGAUCACUCUCACACCCAUUUCCUCUUCUCAGUCGAUUUUGCAUGAUCUAAGUUUCCCCAACUCCUCCUAUAUUUAACUCCCUCUUCAUCACCCAAAAACCAUUCUUGAUCCAAUCAUGUCUCACUUGAUGGCUCUCUCUCAGGUUUCACUUGGUGCUACUGUUUCUGUUGGAAGUGAUGCAUCUCUUAGAAGAUCUGUGUUCAAGGCACAAAACGUAAACUUUAGUGACAAAUCAUGGGCACCUGUUUUACCAUUGGACUUGAAAACAAAGAGCGGGAGGCUAAGAAACAAGAGUGUUGUAUGCAUGUCAGUGCAACAAGCAAGUGCACCAAAAGUUGCUGUGUCUCCCUUAGAACUUGACAAUGCUACAGAACCCCCGUUGAACAUAUACAAGCCUAAGGAACCUUAUACCGCAACCAUUGUUUCUGUUGAGAGGAUUGUAGGCCCGAAGGCUCCUGGAGAAACUUGCCAUAUAGUGAUUGAUCAUGGUGGUAAUGUUCCCUAUUGGGAGGGACAAAGUUAUGGUGUAAUUCCUCCUGGUGAAAACCCAAAGAAACCUGGGGCUCCAAACAAUGUUCGUCUUUACUCCAUUGCAUCAACAAGGUAUGGGGACUAUUUUGAUGGCAAGACAACUAGUUUGUGUGUCCGUCGUGCUGUUUAUUAUGACCCAGAGACCGGGAAGGAGGAUCCCUCCAAAAAUGGAGUAUGCAGCAACUAUUUAUGCAACUCUAAACCCGGAGACAAAAUUAAGAUCACAGGUCCUGCUGGCAAGAUCAUGCUCCUGCCUGAAGACAACCCAAAUGCCACCCACAUUAUGAUUGCCACCGGCACUGGUGUUGCUCCAUACAGAGGCUACCUUCGUCGUAUGUUCAUGGAAGCUGUUCCUACAUUCAAAUUUGGUGGCCUUGCAUGGCUGUUUCUUGGAGUGGCCAAUACCGACAGCCUCCUCUAUGAUGAAGAAUUCAGCAAGUAUCUUAAGGACUACCCUGAUAAUUUCCGAUACGAUAUAGCACUUAGUAGAGAACAUAAGAACAAGAGAGGAGGAAAGAUGUAUGUUCAAGAUAAAAUUGAAGAAUACAGUGAUGAGAUCUUUAAACUCUUGGAUGGUGGGGCACAUAUCUACUUUUGUGGGCUCAAGGGUAUGAUGCCUGGAAUUCAAGAAACCUUGAAGAGGGUUGCAGAAGAAAGAGGGGAAAGUUGGGAGGAGAAGCUUUCACAACUGAAAAAGAACAAGCAGUGGCAUGUUGAAGUUUACUGAUGAACUGGAACUGCAAUACUCAUUUGUGCAUCUCAAGGUAAAUGCGAAAGGCUCCUCUAUUAGGUAUUGUGUUUUUUUUCUUUCUCUUUUGUUGUUUUCUGUUUCAUUGGAAAUUUGGGUUCACCCAUUCCUCAGCUUUAGAUAGGGAACUUGAGGUAGCUAUAGCAUUCAUCUGUUCUCUAAGUAACAAAGAGACAAGCCAUUCUCCUGGUUGAAUGAUGUUCCAUCUUCUGCCUGUGUAGCAUUUUAAACAUUUAUCAUUGAAUAAACAAAAAGAUCCCUUUACUUUUAUAU